GAUAAAACGAAACCCACAACAUCAUGUACGAUCCUCACUGUUUUGGAAAUGGUAUGGCCCUCUGGUAGAAUUCCGAGAAUUAAGCCCUUGAGUUUCUUAGAACGGCAUUCUCAGAACUGGUGAUGCACGAAGUUUCCAGGAAAGUUUUACAAGAUUCUGACACCAUGGCCUCAUUGGCAGAUGGCUGCAUUCAAUUUACCCGCCAUGCCGGUGAUGUUCUGCUCAACUUCAACCGCCUCCGCAGCAGAAAUAUCCUGACGGACGUCACUAUCCAGAUUAACGGUCAGCACUUCUGCGCUCACAAGACGGUCCUCGUGGCUUGCAGUGGACUUUUUUACUCCAUAUUCACGGACCCCCUGAAGAGUAACCUGAGUGCCAUCAGCUUGGACCCUGAAGUUGACCCUGAUGGUUUUGCCAUCCUGCUGGACUUCAUGUACACCUCCACCCUGACCCUGAAGGACAGCCUCGUUCUGGUUACCAUGAACACAGCCUCUUACCUCCAGAUGGAACAUGUGGUGGACACCUGUCGCAGGUUCAUCAAGUCCAGAGAGCAGUCUUUGAGUCUGCAGAGAGAGGAGGUACUGGCCAGCCCGAUGCAUCUCUCUCAGGACCUCCCUGCUUUCAGGGUUCUGGAUAGGGUGGCGACCAGCCCCAGUCACACAUCCAUAUCUCCCCUCAGAGACUGGAGGAGCUACUGCCCCAGUGUUUUCAGUGGUAUCAAUGCUUCAGGUAGCUCCCACCACGUCCACGGAAAACACAUCCCCAUCAGAAAAAUGUCAGAUGCCUGCAAUGUCAGUGACAUUCCCAAAGGGGGUGCCAUCUUUCAGAAACUCUGCUCUACCUUGAAUCGCACAGAGACCACCAUCAUACACCACCCUUUGUCAUCUGACUCCUCAUCCUCCUCAGUUACGACCAUCUGCCCUCUCCCCUGCUCCAGCCGUCAGUCGGGGCCACUUGGGAGCCUCCAGGGGCCUGAACACAGAGGGGCCUCCCCCAUGGAGGAGGACAGGAACCCGUACCCACAGCCCAGCUCCCUCAGCCUGUCCCCAGGCUGCACCAAAGGGGUGAUCUGCAGUCCUCAGAGCCCUCUUCGUUCUGACUGCCAACCCAACUCCCCCACUGAGUCCAGUGGCUGCAGCAGGAACACAGUCCCGGCCCUGACCCAGCCAUCCGGCUGCUCCCAGGAGCCCAAGGCCCGCAACUGGAAGAAGUACAAGUUUAUCGUUAUGAACCAGACCUCUGGGGAGAAGGAGGAUGAGUCCCAGGUAGGGAGUGUUGAGGCUGGGGACUGCUCUCCUCCGCAGGGCCGCUACAGGACCAGUGGAUCAGAGGGAUCCGUUGAAGAACUCCAGACUGGAGAGAUGGUCAACGAGCAUUGGGAGGAGGUCCUUGUGCCACAGGCCAGCCAUCGCAGUGUUAGGCAGCAGAGAUGCUCCUCCUGUGGUACGGACGCUCCUCAGCACCUGGAGGUGUGUUCCCACUCCCCUGGGUCCUACACGGGGGAGGACACCAAUGAGCUGCACUCUGAGUACUCCGACUCAAGCGGUGAGAAUGGUUCCUACUUCUGCAACGAGUGCGACGCAAAGUUUGCGGAAGCGGACUCCCUGAAAGGACACAUGCUCCAGGUCCAUGCUGAUAAGCCAUACAAGUGUGACCGAUGCCAGGCUGCCUUCCGUUACAAAGGGAACCUUGCCAGCCACAAGACUGUCCACACUGGAGAGAAACCAUACCGCUGUAACAUCUGCGGCGCUCAGUUCAACCGGCCGGCCAACCUCAAGACCCACACCCGCAUCCACUCGGGAGAGAAGCCGUACAAGUGUGAAACGUGUGGCUCUUGCUUCGUACAGGUAGCUCACCUCCGGGCCCAUGUGCUGAUCCACACAGGGGAGAAGCCUUAUCCCUGUGAGAUCUGUGGGACGCACUUCCGCCAUCUUCAGACCCUCAAGAGCCACUUACGGAUCCACACAGGAGAAAAGCCAUACCACUGCGAGAAAUGUGACCUUCACUUUCGCCACAAGAGCCAGUUGAGGCUGCAUCUCCGUCAGAAGCACGGCGCGGUCACCAACACUAAGGCUCAGUACCGCCAGGCGAACAAGGACAUGCUCAUUGGCUUGGCCAAGGCCUGCUAAAUGGACACUGGGACGAUGGAGUGUGAUUUGCUGGCAAUUUUUACAUUGUUUUAGGAACACGUUGUCAUAGUACCACGCUGUCAGUGAUUGUUGUGUUUGUUGGCACUGGCAGACAGGUUUCCUCCAAAUGUGAAUAGUUCAUAUCGUUUAUAGCCCUUUUACUCUGUUUGUAUAUAAAUCUAAUAUGUACGGUGUAUAAAUGUGUUUUAAGAUUUUGUGAAAUGUCCUGUAUUGGAAUAUACAUUUUGAAAAUUAGAAUUUUGUAAUAUGAAUUCUUAUCGGUUAAUAAUGUUUUCUUAAUGUUUUCAGUUGAGUACGACUUUUUUCCUGAAUGUUUUCAGUUGAACGACAGUCGUCUUCUAGAAAACUGUACGACACACUUUCAUUCAUAUUGAGAAACACUGUUACAUUGGUACAGUUCUGUUAUAGAUAGUAUAUGGGGGCAUGUUCAGCUGGACAAUAGAUAAUAUAUUACCCAGUUCUUUGUAGUUUCUUAUCUUAAUAUAGUAAAUAUAUAAUGUACUACCUACCCAGAUUUCCCUCUGCUGGCAGAGUAUAUGUCUGCAUUACUAAGGUACAGAUGUUUUUUUUUUUAAUGUCUUUCUACCUAGUGAAAGAUUGUCAUUGAAUCUGUCGUUUGGGCAAAAUAAUAUAUUAUCCGACACGGAUACAUAGACAUGCAAUACGCAAUGUAUUCAAGGUGCUUUACACUGAGUUGUCAGAUUUUCUGUUCAUUAGCGCAGUGUCCCACGUCAGCACUUUGUACUGUGUUUGUUUUGUCUGCUUUUUGUCUCAAGCCCACAAGCUGUAAGUACACCAGGUCUCAAGCUACAAGUCCUCAGGAAUGUUAUCAACAUUUGUCUUUGUAAAACUGCAGAGCUUUAUGUGAAAUAUAAUUAAAGGAAUGCAUUAUGAAAACAUA